AGGAGCUUAGUUAAUCGGCGACUCACGAGCAGCCGAUUAGUACCGGUUUGGAUCUCAACUCGAGAAACCGAGACAGUGGCGAGUGGGAUUUCUCACGUUCUCCAACGAAGUGUGGAGUCUCGCGUUGAUCGACGAGAAUCAUCAAAGCAAAACAAGAAAAUUCCUGGCUCGCUCUGAUCUGAAAGAGAGAGAGAGAGAGAGAGAGAGAGAGAGAGAGAGAGAGAGAGAGAGAGAGAAAGAAGAAACAAGAAAAACAGCGAAGUGAUUACAAGAUCUUUAUUCCCAGGGAGUAAUUACAUGCCGAUACCACAAAUAAACAUGAUGGUUAUUGGCACGCUAGUUCUUUUCCUCACGUUAACAACGAUCCAUGCACAGAGAUGCCAAGAAGCAAGUGCUAACUGUAUCAACAUUCGCAAUUGUCCGGCGACCUUAGCAAUUCCGACAAGUCCUAAACCGCUUUCGGCAAGUACAGUGGAGACUCUUCAAAUCUCGCAAUGUGGCUUCGAGGGCAACGACCUGAAAGUGUGCUGCAACCUGGAAACAUCGACACCGAUGAUGAGGACAGAUGCCUCGAAUCAAGGCCCACCAGAUGUGACAAACCAUCCGAAUCUACGUUUAUUGGAUCAUGUAGCAUGCGGACCCCUCGCCACACAGAAAAUAUUCGGCGGUAAGAAAACCAGAGUCCUCCAGUAUCCAUGGAUGGCGUUAAUCUCGUACACCAGCAACAUCAGCAAAUCAGAUCCCGAUUUCCGUUGCGGUGGUACACUCAUCUCCUCGCGCUACAUCCUCACCGCCGCUCAUUGUGUCACCGAGCUUCCAGAUGGUCUCCAAGUAAUAGGCGUCAGAGUAGGAGAACACGACCUAACCACGGAACGUGACUGCGAGAGAGACAAAAACGGAACGGAAGUUUUUUGUUCAAACUAUCAGGAUUUCGGCAUAGAUAGCAUCCAAUACCAUCCGGACUACACAACUAGUAGAAUGCAAAAUGAUAUCGCGCUUAUCAGGUUGAAUGUUUCCGUAAACUUCAGUCCACGAGAUAUCAAGCCGAUUUGUCUACCUAUCGGUAAUUCGAGGCCGAUAAGUCGUAACAAUGAGGCUGUGGUGACCGGUUGGGGCGCGACGAAGUCGGGCCAGCGUAGUAAGGUUCUUAUGCAGGUGAAUCUGCCGCUGGUGGAUAACGAGCAGUGUGAAAAAGCGUACUCACAGUUCUCGGACAUCUGGUACAAGCAGCUAUGUGCCGGCGGCCACAUUGAAGUGGACUCCUGUUUGGGAGACAGUGGCGGGCCUCUGCAGGCGGAAAGUAUAUACAACGGCGGGCCGGUGCGAUUCGUCCAGUACGGCGUGGUCAGCUACGGGUUGAUAGAGUGCGGCAUCGACGGCUUCCCCGGAGUUUACACGAGAGUCACCUACUACAUGGACUGGAUCCUCAACACGAUGACACCUUAAUUGGGAUGAUUUAUGCUUAAGAAGACAUGAACAAUAAUCAGAGAGAAGACUGAGGUCAUGCCAACGAUGUAUUAAGUUCUGAAAUCGUGCUGAUUCGCAACGCCAUCGCAUCCAUUUUAUCAUGGACGUAGGAACUACAUAGCCACAGCCAGCUCUUUCGAGAUGGUAAAACGUUAUAUUCGGUUUAUAACCGGACUGCAUUCACAAUUGAUAGAUCGGUAUCAAUGUAGUCUGAAUAUGCGAUUCGACCUUAUUGUAUCAGUGCUACAUCCAUAAAUGACGAAUCGGUAUUAAUUUAUUCUGCAAAUGACUGUUUAAUUUAUGUUCUAUGUGUGCCAAACUUUACAAUAAAAUAAUUCUCUCAGAUA